AUGGCUCAAAAAACUGUAUUGAUCACAGGCUGCUCCUCUGGAAUUGGCUUGGCCAUAGCCUCUAAACUGGCUAAGGAUGAUAAGAAAAGAUUCCUGGUCUAUGCCACCAUGCGGAAUCUGGAUAAGAAAGGAGAUCUCUUGGAUACAGCCGGCAACGCACUGGGCAAAACACUGGAGAUUAAAGCACUGGAUGUUUGUUGUGAAAAAUCAAUCCAGGAAUGUAUUGACAGUAUUCCCAACAGGAAAAUCGAUAUACUCAUCAGCAAUGCUGGAAUGGGGAUGAUUGGACCCAUUGAAUGCCAAAGCUUGGAGGAAAUGAAGAAUGUCAUGGAUACCAACUUCUUUGGACUUGUUAGACUCCUUAAAGAAAUCCUGCCAGACAUGAAGAAGAGGAAGAAGGGUCACAUUGUGGUGAUUAGUAGUGUGAUGGGAAUUCAGGGUAUUUUGUUCAAUGACAUCUAUGCUGCAUCAAAAUUUGCGGUGGAAGGAUUUUGUGAAAGUUUAGCAAUUCAAGCAAUAAAAUUCAAAUUGAAAAUUACUCUGAUUGAACCUGGCCCAGUGGUCACUGAUUUUGAAAAAAAGGUUUAUGAAGAAGGAUUGAAAGUAGACUUGUCAGCAGCAGACGAAGAAACAAGAGACAUGUUUACAAACAUUUACUUGCGCAACUACAAGGAGAUAUUCGUAAGCCUGGGACAAAGUGCAGAUGAAGUGGCUGAGCACACCAUGAAGAUCAUUAGCUUAGACAAUCCACCAUUUCGUCAUCAGACAAACAGCCUUUACACCCCCAUGACGACUCUGAAGUAUGCCGAUCCAAAUGGAGACCUCCCCAUUGACACCUUCUACAAAUUGGUCUUUCAACAUGACAAAAUCUUCCAUGCCAGCCUCAAUUUUAUUAAAAUGUUGAGGUGGAGAAGCAAAAAGAGUUUUAAUUUAGGAAGGCCAAGCAGUCAGGAGUAG